ACCUGAAUUUCUUUAACCAGUCCUCUGUAUUACUUACAUAUUUAAUUUUUUUUUUUUUGGAAUUGAUUAGUUAGAGGGGGCAUCAAUUUAGAAUUCCUUGACAAAAAGCAGUUGACCUCACUCAGUGAAAAUGCAAGGUGAAGCCCACGUCCUCAUAUCACAGAUGCAUGUGACCAGGUGGUGCUGCCUCCGUGCGCUUCUUCCUGUUCCUUCUCCAGAAUGUCAGAGGGACGUGCUCCCACAGGAGGCUUUUCCUCCAGGUAGUGUUAGGAGAUUUGUAGGCAGGUGAAUAUGGGAGUUGUAAGGAAGACCAAGUUUCUCAUCAUCCCAUUGUCUUUCUUCCUCCCCAUUGGAACCGUUGAGUAUUUCAUCUUCUUCCAGAAGCAGCAGGAAAUGAACAUGGCUCAGGGAUCCGUGUCAUUCGAAGACGUGACUGUGGAGUUCACCCAGGAGGAGUGGCCAUACCUGGGCCCCGCUCAGAGGGCCGUCUACAGAGAUGUGAUGCUGGAGAACUACAGCCACCUGGUCUCCGUAGGGUAUUGCAUUACCAAACCCCAAGUGAUCUUCAAGUUGGAGCAAGGCGAACAGCCCUGGUCCUUAGGGGAAGAAUUCCUAAACCAGAGGUACCCAGAAUAUUACAAAGUUGAUGUCCACGUUACGGAGAACCAGGAAAAACAAGAGAAAGCUCUGUGGCAAGUAAUAAUCAGUAACAACAAAACAUUGAGUAAAGAAGGGCAGAAAGUUAUAAGAAAACCAAUUAAUCUGGAUAUAACUCCAGAUUUUUCAAGAAAAAUGCCGUGUAAAUGUGACUCAUGUAGAACGAAUUUGCCAGUUGUUUCUGAAUUGAUUGUUAGUGGUAGAAACUGUUCAAGAAAAAAGGCUGAUUACAUGAAUGUAUAUCAAAAGUUGCAGCUUGAUAUUAAACAUGAGAGAACUCUUAUUGGAGAGCAAUCUUACAAACAUAAUAAAAAUGUGAACACUAUCAGUCGUAAAGAAUGUCAUCAGAAAUUUCAAACUAUGGAACAGCCUUUUGAACAUAAUGAACUUGGAAAAGUUUUACAUGAUGAGACUCUUGUGUGUGUUACAGCUCAGAAUUGUCUAACAGGAGAGGAAUCCUGUCACGAUGAUGAAUUUUGGAAAAACUGUGAUAAAGCAAGUGUAUUUAACCCAAUGAGAGCUGGCACAACAGAGAAAUGCUGUGAUAUUAAUGAAUGUGGGAGAUCCUGUGACAAAACCACCAUGGUGGAAUUCAGUAAAGUUCACAGGGCUAUGAGAAAGUAUGAAUAUAAUGAAAGUGGAAAUAACUUCAGCAAGAAUUCAUCUCGCACUCAACUACCGGGAACGGUCACAAGACAGGAUGCUUUUGAAAGUAGUAAAUGUGAAGAAAACUUGAGCCAGAGGUCAGCCUAUCUAGUGCAUCAGAAGACACAAACUGGAGAUAAUUUCUCUGGUUUUAACGGAUGUACGGAUGUCUACUGCCAGGAAUUAGACCUAACAAUACAUCAGAGAACUCAAGCAGAAGAGAAAUUCUAUGCGUGUACUAAAUAUGGGGAAAGCUUGUAUCGAAACUCACUUCUCAGUGUACAUCAGGAAAGUGACACAGGAGAGAAGUCAUUUGAAAAUAAUGAAUGCAGCAAAUCCUUUUACAGGAACGUUCACCUCAUUCAGCAUCAAAGGAACUGCUCAGGGGAGAAAAUCCAUGAAUAUGAGGAAAACAGAAAAGCCUUUUUGUCAAAUUCACAGACUGUUCGUUAUCCUGCUGCUCAUAUGGGUGUCAAUCUCUGUGAGUGUAGUGAAUGUAGGAAAACUUACUGUCAGAUGUCAAAACUCAGUGAUCAUGUGAUAGUUCACACAAGGAAGAAACCUUAUGGUAAGAAUGGAUUUCGGAAAUCUUGCAAGAAACCUGUACUUUUAGUACACCAGAGAACACACACAGAGGUGAAAUGCUAUCAAAGUAGUAAAUGUGGGAAAUUAUUCUCCAAGAAGGCACAGUUCAAAGAACAGCAGAGAAUUCACACAGGAGAAAAACCUAAUGAAUGUACUGAAUGUGGGAAAACUUUUGCUUGUAAUUCAGUCCUCAGGGUACACCAGAGAAUUCACACAUAUGAGGAACCCUAUGAAUGUAAUGAAUGUGGGAAAACUUUCUCUCAAAGGACAACCCUGUGUGUACAUCAGAGAAUUCACACAGGGGGGAAAAUUUAUGGAUGUCAGGAAUGUGGAAAAACUUUUGCUGCUAAUUCAACCCUAAAGGUACACCAGAGAAUUCACACAGGGGAGAAACCCUAUGAAUGUACUGAAUGUGGGAAAACUUUUGCUCGUAAUUCAGUCCUCCGGGUACACCAGAGAAUUCACACAUGUGAGGAACCCUAUGAAUGUAAUGAAUGUGGGAAAACUUUUGCCCACAAUUCAGGCCUUAGAAGACAUCAGAAAAUUCACACAGGGGAGAAACCCUAUGAAUGUAAUGUAUGUGGGAAAUCUUUCUCCCAAAGGACAACCCUGUGUAUACACCAGAGAAUUCACACAGGGGAGAAACCCUAUGAAUGUAAAGACUGUGGGAAAACUUUCUCCCAAAGGACAACCCUGCGUGUACAUCAGAGAAUUCACACAGGGGGGAAAAUUUAUGGAUGUCAUGAAUGUGGAAAAACUUUUGCUGCUAAUUCAACCUUAAAGGUACACCAGAGAAUUCAUACAGGGGAGAAACCCUAUGAAUGUAAUGAAUGUGGGAAAACUUUCUCCCAUAGGACAAACCUGUAUGUACAUCAGAGAAUUCACACAGGGGAGAAACCCUAUGAAUGUAGUGAAUGUGGGAAAACUUUUGCCCAAAAUUCAGGCCUUAGAAGACAUCAGAGAAUUCACACAGGGGAGAAACCUUACGAAUGUCAUGAAUGUGGGAAAACUUUUGCUGAUUAUUCAAUCCUCAGGUUACACCAGAGAAUUCACACAGGGGAGAAACCCUAUGAAUGUACUGAAUGUGGGAAAACUUUUGCUCGUAAUUCAGUCCUCAGGGUACACCAGAGAAUUCACACAUGUGAGGAACCCUAUGAAUGUAAUGAAUGUGGGAAAACUUUUGCCCACAAUUCACGUCUUAGAAGACAUCAGAGAAUUCACACACGGGAAAAACCCUAUGAAUGUAAUCUAUGUGGGAAAUCUUUCUCCCGAAGGACAACGCUGUGUGUACAUCAGAGAAUUCACACGGGGGAGAAACCCUAUGAAUGUAAAGACUGUGGGAAAACUUUCUCCCAAAAGACACAACUAUAUGUACAUCAGAGAACUCACACAGGGGAGAAACCUUAUGAAUGUAAUGAAUGUGGGAAAACUUUCUCCCGUAGGACAAACCUGAAUGGACAUCAGAGAAUUCACACAGGAGAGAAACCCUAUGAAUGUAAUGUAUGUGGGAAAUCUUUCUCCCAAAGGACAUAUCUGAAUGCACAUCAGAGAAUUCACACAGGGGAGAAACCCUAUGAAUGUAAUGUAUGUGGGAAAACUUUCUCCCAAAAGACACACCUGUCUAUACAUCAGAAAUAUCACACAGGAUAGAAACCUUAUGGAUGUCGUGAAUGUGGGAAAACAUUUGCUGAUAAUUUAAUCCUCAUGGUAUACAAGAGGAUUCACACAGGGGAGAAACCCUAUGAAUAUAAUGAAUGUGGCAAAACUUUCUGUCAGUAGAUAAACCUGUGUACACACGAAAGCAUUCACACAGGUGUAAAACCUAAGGAUGUAAAGAAUGUGGGAAAACUUCCUGGCAAUUCAAUCCUCAGGGUACACCAGAAGAUUCACAUGGGAGAAAGCCUAUGAAUGCACUGAAUAUGGGUAUACUUUCUUUAAGACACCACAUCUCAGGGAAUGUGAGAGAAUUUACAGUGAGAAACCCUAUGAAUAUAAUGAAUUGAAAAACUUUCUCCCAAAGGACACACAUCAGAAAUUUCACACAUGGAAGAGUCUAUGAAUGUAAUGAAUGUAGAAAAACUUUGCCAAUGGAUACACCUGUGUACACAUCAGAGAAUUCACACAGGUGCCAAACUUUAAGGAUGUAAGGAAUAUUUGAAAAUUUCCUGGAAAUUCAACCCUCAGCGUACACCAGAGAAUUCACAUGGGAGAAACCCUAUGAAUGUAAUGAAUGUGGGAAUACUUUUGCCCACAAUUCAGGCCUUAGAAUACAACAGAGAAUUCACACAGGAGAGAAACUUUAUGCACCUCAUGACUGUGGGAGAUAUUUUGCCCGUAGUUCAGCCCUCAGAACAUACCAGAGAACACACUGGGGAGAAAUCUUAUGAAUGUGGUAAGACUUUUUCCAGAGAUACAACUCAGUACACAUCAAAGGAUUUAUACAGGUGAAAAACUUUAUGAAUGUACUGAAUGUGUUAAAACCACCUCUCAGAAGUCAUUUCUCAGUGGACACGAGAGAAUUCACAAAGGGGGAAAUACCUUAUGAAUGUAAUGUGGGAAAGCAAUUGUCUAUAAAGCAGCCCUCAUAAUCCAUCAAAGAAUUAACACAGGACAGAAACACUAUGAAUGUAAUGACUGUGGGGAAAGUUUCUCCCAAAGGACACACUGUGUGCUCAUCAGAGAAUUCACACGGGAGAACCCCUAUGAAUGAAUGAAUGU